AUGGCGACAAAUAUCACCCGCCUGUGCUUCCUCUCCUCAACCACGAGUUCUACCGUGCCUUUCCUUUAUCACACUCGAACGCUUACCUCGCUAUCACCUCCGGUCCGGAAACAGCUCAAUCGUCACUCUCCGCGCUCUUUUUCUACGCAGAACCACCCCGUUGAUACCAGUGAACCCACGGAGAACCAGUCACCGGAGCAUGCAAGCCAGGAUGCUUCUGAGGAGUCAACCACCCCGAGCGCAGAGCAAGAUGCAACCCCAAAACCCCGGAGAAGCUUUUUGAAGAAACGAGGAGCCUCAAUCAGACCUUCAGGUCCCAGACCAGCUUGGCCGGAAAAUAAGUCAACGAAGAUAGCACCGAAGAUCACCAGCCAGGAGAAAAUGGUAUUCGGAGGAUUGCUAGAGCAACUUGGGCUCAAACACGAUGGAGAAAGCGCCAAGCCGGGCCCCUCAGACGUCCCACUGAGCGAGGAGAAGAAGGCCGAGAUGGCUGAGCUUGCAUUGGUCUUUGACUCUCUACUCAAAGAUCCGAGACAGAAGAGAGCCGCGUUAAAAGCUCAGCGUCUAUUGGAAAUCAAUCAGGCUUCCUACCGCACACCCGAAAAGCCAGAGGCAGAAGAGCAACCCCCAGUGGAGAACCAAGGUCCAAAGCGAAUCUAUCUCCGCGACCUAGGCUAUUCCGAGCCCGCCACAUCCAGCGCUGCCGAAGUCUCUGUGAGUCUGAGACGGGCGAUCGAGAUUGUCAUCAAGGCAGAAUUCGAGCACAUCGAAUUCGCACUUUUCCAAGCCGUCGAGGAUGGCAAGGGUGACAUUGGUGUGUGGGAGGUAUGCAAAGAGCGUAUCUUCUCUAUGCUGCGCCACCUGGACGACAAAUCGCUCGAGGAGGCCUCAAACCCCGAGAGUGUGAACACGACAGAUCAGUCCCAGACACCCACUGGCCUCUCAGGACCCCUCCGAGUUCCAGCUGUCGUCCCAGUCGCCCCCGUUGUGGUAGGACUUUAUCCGAAGACUCUCCUCGUCGCCUUCCGCCUGCUGAACACUCACUUCCCUGAAUCCCCGCUCAUCUCCCAAUUCCGUUCCACGAUCAAAGACUACGGCCGUGUCUCUGCCUUCCUCGGCGCUUCAUCCGGUCUGUACGAUGAGUUGAUCUAUUACCACUGGCGAGUCUGCAAGGAUCUCCCCACUGUGAUCACCAUCCUGGGCGAGAUGAACCAGCUUGGCAUUGAUCCCAGUAGCAAGUCCCGUGGCCUAUUGACUGGUCUUAUCAUUCGCCAUGGCCGGGACAUGGAAGCUCAUCGGAAAUCCGGGGGCGAGAAGGACUUCUUCUGGGAUUUGCCCUCCAACAAGGAGGCAUUCGAGGAACUUGUCCGUGAGGGUGGAUGGAUGGAUCGGAUCGAGGCGCGGGCAGAGGAAAAGAGGCAACGCGAGAUGCUGCGUAAUUCCGUGCGCUAA